AUGCUUGUGCUGGUGUUUGUGAGCGUGUUCGCGCUGGUGUACUACAUCAACUUCCGGCGCUCCCGGAAAAGACUUUACGAGCUGGCCGACCGUAUCCCGGGACCGUUCGAUUAUCCGCUGAUCGGCGGAGCACUGAUCGCCCUCGGGAAGAGCCCAGUCGAAAUGGUCACGUAUCUGAUGGAACGAAUGCACGAUCUUCCGUCACCGCUGCGUACCUGGAUCGGUCCCUUUCUGGUGGUGGUGAUCGAUCGUCCCGAGAUGGUGCAGGAGGUACUGAACUCACCGGCCUGCUCCCAAAAGCCGUACAUCUUCGUACCGACGUUCAACGCUGCGGCGGAACUGACUGCGCGCGAUUUAAGCAGUCGCCUCUCGGGUGAAUCGUUCGACAUUCACGACCUCCUGGCACGGUACACGCUGAUCGGUAUAGCAUCCACUUCCGUCGGAGUGGACCUUAGCCACGAGAGAGAGGAAGUGCUCCACGAGUACAGCAGCAAUGCGAUCCAGAUGUUUACGAACUGUUACGAACGCAUCUACAAGCCCUGGCUGCAUUUGGAGUUCAUCUACAAGCUGACGCCCGCCUACCGGGAGGAGCAAGCGCGAAUGGCGAAGUUUAAGCAGAUGUCCAAACAGUUGAUCGAGAAACGCCGGCAGGCAACGGUAGCAAACGGAAGCAAGCAAGACUCGCCGGAACAGGAUUCAGCAGCGAUGGCGACGAAUGACGAGGGCACAGGGUUCGCGGCGGGUAAAAAUUUCAUUCAACGCCUCGAGGAGCUUCGCACCGAUCCGCUGCUGGACAUUGAUGACGAUUGCUUUCAGCAGCACAUUGACACACUCAUAUUUGCCGGAAACGACACUUCGGCCCAAACUUUGGCGAACACGUUUCUCACGAUGGGAAUGUUUCCGGCAAUGCAGGACAAGCUGUACCAGGAGGUGAUGAACGUUUGUCCCCGUGGGCCCGUUUCGUACGAGGACCUAUCGCGGCUCACCUACAUGGAGAUGUUUGUGAAGGAAACGCUACGCCAUCUGCCGAUCACGGGCAUGAUCGCCCGGGCACCGACCGAAGAGGUGCAGAUACAGAACAUAACCAUUCCGGCCGGGGCCAUGAUCAUGAUACCGUUCUUGAAGAUGCACCACAACAAGUCCAUCUGGGGACCGGCGGUUGAGACGUUCGAUCCGGACCACUUCCUCCCGGAGCGCUGUGCCGAGCGGCAUCCGUACGCGUUCAUCCCUUUCAGUCAGGGACCCCGCAACUGCAUUGGGGUGAAGUUUGCCUGGCUCUCGAUGAAAAUCUUACUCUGCCACGUGCUACGCGAAUACCGUGUGGCGACGGACUUUCGGCUAAACGAUCUGAUCGUCUCACCGUCGUUGGUGAUGAAGCUCAACAAGAAGCACAUGGUGCGGUUAGCGCGGCGGCAAACGAGUGGCGUGGACCCGAGUGUUCCCAAUGGGUGUCCUUGA